AUGUGGUAUUCAGGUGGGAUAUUCGAACAAACAGAUGGACCUGUUUCGCUUGUUAGUGCAGAAGAACUUGCCUUUAAAUUUGCAGUGAAUAAUAUAAACAGAAACAGGACUUUAUUGCCAAACACAACAUUAACAUACGACAUACAGAGGAUAAAUAUCUAUGACAGCUUUGAAGCAUCAAGAAAAGCCUGUGACCAGCUGUCGUUAGGAGUGGUUGCAAUAUUUGGGCCUUCACAUAGCUCAUCUUCAAAUGCUGUGCAGUCCAUCUGCAAUGCUCUGGAAGUGCCACACAUCCAGGUUCGGUGGAAACAUCACCCAAUGGACAACAGGGACACUUUUUAUGCCAAUUUAUACCCGGAUUACUCUUCAUUAAGCUAUGCCAUCCUGGACUUGGUGCAGUAUCUCAAAUGGAAAACAGCCACUGUUGUUUAUGAUGACAGCACAGGUCUAAUAAGGUUGCAGGAGCUGAUAAUGGCCCCAUCAAGGUACAAUAUCCGAUUAAAGAUCCGCCAGCUUCCCCUCGAUACAGAGGAUACGAGGCCACUUCUAAAAGAAAUGAAGAGAAGUCGGGAGUUCCGCAUCAUCUUUGACUGCAGUCACCACAUGGCUGCACAGAUUCUCAAACAGGCCCAGACCAUGGGGAUGAUGACAGAGUAUUACCACUAUAUCUUCACCACUCUGGACCUGAUGGCCAUUGACCUUGAGCCAUAUCGCUUUUGUGGUGUCAACAUGACUGGCUUUCGCAUCCUCAAUGUGGACAAUCCCCAGGUUGCGUCUAUUGUGGAGAAAUGGUCAAUGGAAAGGCAGAUCCCACCUAAACCAGAUUCAGGCCUGCUGGAGGGCGUCAUGACGACAGACGCAGCUCUGACCUAUGACGCGGUCCACAUUGUUUCCGUGUCCUACCAGCACGCCCCACAGAUGACCGUAAACUCUCUGCAGUGCCACCGCCACAAACCCUGGAGAUUCGGGGGACGCUUCAUGAGUUUCAUCAAAGAGUCUCACUGGGAUGGUUUGACUGGAAGAUUGUCCUUCAACAAGACAACUGGGUUACGCACAGACUUCGACCUGGAUAUUGUCAGUCUAAAGGAGGAUGGACUUGAAAAGGUGGGGAAGUGGAGUGCGUCAGGAGGUCUUAACAUCACAGAAGUGCCGAAGCGAAAAGGGAUGAACAUCACUGAUUCCCUGGCUAACCGUUCCCUUGUUAUCACCACUAUUCUGGAGGAGCCAUAUGUCAUGCUUAAGAAGUCUGACAAGGCACUGGUUGGGAACGACCGUUUUGAAGGAUUCUGCAUCGACUUGCUGAAAGAGCUGGCCAAAAUCCUGGGCUUCACGUAUGAUAUUCGCCUGGUGCCAGAUGGGAAAUAUGGCUCUCAGGAUGACAAGGGCCAGUGGAACGGCAUGAUUAGGGAGCUUAUAGAACAUAGAGCAGACUUGGCAGUGGCCCCUCUCACCAUUACCUAUAUGCGUGAGAAAGUUGUUGACUUCUCAAAGCCCUUCUUGAGCAUGGGCGUCAGCAUCCUUUAUCGCAGACCCAAUGCCACAAAAAGCGGCUUCUUCUCCUUUCUGAACCCCAUGACUCCAGACAUCUGGGUGUACAUUCUCCUGGCGUACCUGGGUGUUAGCUGUGUUCUUUUUGUCAUUGCAAGGUUUAGCCCAUACGAAUGGUACGACGCCCACCCCUGUAAUCCCGGCUCGGACGUGGUGGAGAACAACUUCACCCUCCUCAACAGCUUCUGGUUUGGAGUUGGUUCCUUAAUGCAACAAGGCUCGGAACUGAUGCCCAAAGCACUGUCAACCAGAAUAAUAGGUGGAAUCUGGUGGUUCUUCACACUCAUCAUCAUAUCUUCCUAUACAGCUAAUUUAGCAGCUUUUCUCACUGUGGAGAGGAUGGACUCACCAGUGGAUUCAGCUGACGACAUCGCCAAGCAGACCAAGAUUGAGUAUGGUGUGGUCAGAGAUGGAGCAACCAUGGCUUUCUUCAAGAAAUCAAAGGUUUCUACAUUUGAGAAGAUGUGGGCCUUCAUGAGCAGCAGGCCAAGAACGUCACUGGUGAAGUCUGUGGAAGACGGGGUUCAGAGGGUGCUGAAGUCUGACUAUGCACUCAUUACAGAGUCCACCACCAUUGAUUAUAUCACUAGGAGAAACUGUAACCUUACACAAGUGGGAGGGAUUAUUGACAGCAAAGGCUACGGCAUUGGCACUCCCCUCGGCUCUCCAUACAGGGACAAAAUCAGCAUAGCAAUCCUCAGCAUCUUGGAAGACGGGCUUCUCUACAUUCUGAAGGAGAAGUGGUGGAGUGGAAGCAGCUGUUUGGAUGAGGAGCGUCGCGAGACAGGCCCCAUGGGGAUCCAAAACCUGGGUGGUAUAUUCAUUGUGCUGGCAUCUGGCCUGGUGCUGUCUGUCUUUGUGGCAAUUGCUGAAUUUAUCUACAAGCUGAGGAAGACCGCUGAACGUGAACAGGUCUUUGUGCAGUGCCAUGGUGGACGAGAUCAGACUGUCGUUCACCUGCGAGAGACGGGUGAAGCACAAGCCCCAACCCCCAGUCAUGGUGAAGACGGAUGCAGUGAUCAACAUGCACGCCUACAACGACCGACGACUCCCAGGAAAGGACAAUAUGAGCUGCAGCACUGGGAUGACUCCUGUGUUCCCAUGACAAUGUGUUCCCCUCAGGGCAAGAACCUCGUGAGCAACAUUUCAGGGGCAGUGCCGGAACCCAGGGACAAUGGCAUGGACGGGAUCACCAGAUAUAUCAUUAACCACAGUGAGAUGGGAACACUAACAAAACAUGGGCAACUCAAAUUGGCAGCAUCAGCCACGCAGGUAUGACAGACACCACUGUAAUCAAAACUACAAAAAAAAUACUUGGAAAGGUUGUGAGAGGGGCCAAAAAAACGACCCGCUAAAGGAAACGGUACACCCAAAUAUUAAUCAGUUCAAGUCUGAUGUUUACAUAUGUACCACAAGAGAACACACAAUAAUCAGUGGAUCCUGAGUCACUUAAAAGAUUAAAAAAUGUAUGUAAAAAAAUACCCAUUAAAUGAAGAAAGGCUUUUUCAAAAAUGGCAAUAAAUGACUUUGACACAAUUCCAGAAGGACAAAGGAGUUUUGUUAUAAAUCACGGUUAUAUGUCAAGUUCUCCUGUUAAUCCUGUUGAUUUCCACAAACCUGAAUGACCUUUGGCAGCAGAAAGUGUUACCUCAAAUAUGUACAGGUUCAGCUGGGUGUCUGUGUCAUUUAAUGUUGGCACCACUGUGACUGGUAGAACCUACAGCAAGAUGUGAAGCAGUAAAUUUACAUCUGAUGUAGCUGUGAUGUGUACCUAAUGAUACCAUUAAAAGCAACCAUACUCACACAUGCAGAGUGGAUUGCGGACACAUCAGCUGUAAAUUAAAAAUAUAAGAUUCUAACAUAGACUUGACACAAUGUUUGAAAUGUUUUUUUUUUUUUUAUAUAAAAGGUUCAUUUUGUUUUAAGUUCAUUUGUACAUAAUUUGAUUGUUAUCAGAGAACAUGUUGAUUGCCAAAGACCAUUCAACAGAAUUAUAUUCAGAACAGUAAGGGCCAGCGUGGUUUGGUAAGAAGGUGUUUAUUAAAAAUCAAAUUGGAGGGGCUGAAUGGGACUUUGAAAGAAUCGUUCUCCGGUUUAUUUGCAGUAACAUGCAUCCAAAUCUAACUGUAUUUCUUUGGUUAUGGCUAGGGAUGGGUCGCCAUUGUGUUCCAAUGAUAUGACCUUAAAUAAAAUAAAAAAACACCACUGAAUCACAAUACUUACACAAAAAUCUAAAACUAAAACUGAUAAUAUUAUCUUAUUGAUGUUACUUAAAUAACUAAAUAGCAACAUGUACAUUUUAUACUAAAAUAAUAUAUUGAUUAUUAGAUAAUAAGAUGAUCUACAGUAUUUAUUUACUUGUUUUGAUUUUGGUCUGUAGACUAAAACAAAAACUAUGAUUAUCACUUGUGAAAUUGGGUACUAAUUUGUAUGUGCUUCUUAUGUACACCAAUAAGACAUAACAUUAUGACCAUUGACCGGUAAAGGGAAGAAAACUGAUUAUGUCUUCAUCAUGGCAACUGUUAGUGGGUGGGAUGUAUUUGACAGUAAAUAUAUAUUUCAUUGUCAAAGUUGAUGUAUUGCGAGCAGGGAAAUGGGUAAGUGUAUUAUUUUGUGUAUGAGUUUGUAUAAGAAGGGCCAAGUUGUAAUGACUAGACAAUAUGGACCACAGCAUCUGCAAAACUGGAGCUCUUGGCCCUGUUCAGAAUCAAUCUUAAUUGCCCAAGGAAGAAAAAGUAAUGAACGCAGUCAAGGGCGGUCAAUGCUCAAUGAUGCACAUAGGGAGCAAAGACUAGCCCGUGUCGUCCAAUGCAAUAGAUGAGGUGCUGUAGUUCAAAAUGGUAAAGACGUUAAUACUGGUUCUGAAAGAAAGUAUAUGGAAUACACAGUGCAUCAGGGAUUGUUGAGUAAGGCAUUGCAUAACUACAGAUCACUUAGGGUGCCCAUGCUGACGCCUGUCCACUCCCUCAGAUCUGGACUACAGAAUAGUCGAAGAAGGUGUUAUGGUCCGAUAAAUCAUGUUUUUUUUACGUCACAUGGAUGGCCCGUUGAUGAACACAUGGCACCAGAAUGCAAUACAGCAGUAAGGCAAGCCAGCAGAGGCCGUCAAUAUUUAUUUGGCAUGUACCAGUAAUCUAAGCAUUGGCCUUAUUCAGGAUAAUGUUACAUGUCACAAAGCAGAAAAAUGCUUCAGAAAGGUGUGUUAAAUUGCCUUCCAAAUUUCACAGAUCUCAUUUUAAUUGAGCAUCCGUGGGAUGCGCGGGGCAAACAAGUCUGAUCUAUGAAGACAUUAAAGCUAAACUUACAGGACCUAAGUGAUCUGCUGCUAACAUCUUGGUACCACUUACCAUAGCAGACCUUUAGAGAUCUACCUUUACUCAACUGUUCAGGCAUGUUUUGGCAGCAAAAGAAGGGCCAACACAUUAUGAAGCAAAUGGCCAUAGUGUUGUGAUUUAUUGGAUUUAUUUAAUGCAUCUUUUGUCCAUUCUUCUCUUUACGGAGUAAAACAAGUAUCACAAUCUGAUAUCUGGUUAAUUAUCCAGACUACUGGCACUUGUUGCCAGCUGGCAGUUGGCUGCUGAACAUAUAUGCUGCUAGAAGCUAGUUACCUUAACAUGAGUGAUCAGCGGUGCUUCUUAUUUUACACAAAAUGUCUGUCCAUGUUUUUUCAAACCAAUAAUAUUUCCAAGCAGCUUUCCUAUAAGAAAGAAAAACAAGUAGGGAACAUCUUUUGGCCGUGCCCAGAAACAGAUUUCAGGAGCGGCGGUGUUUUAUAGAGUAAACGAAAAAAAAAAAACACUGGUCACUUCAGCACUGUCUGGACAUUAAAUGGUAGGAAUGGUAAUAGGGACAAACUGAAUGGUUCAACUGUAACUUUUUUUGACUUGGUGUAUUCCUUGAUUCUAGUAACUGGCCCAUGCCUAGUCCUGGCAUUAUGUCCUUAUUAUGUAACCACCGAUACUAAUGUAAACCGAGGGGCAUUUUUGGAACAUAGUCCUUUAAUGCCAUUGUUCUCCCAUCCUUUCAUCAAAUGACAAGUCAGCACAAAAACCAAAUUAUAUUGAAUGAUCUCUUUCAGUUCUUGAACAGCAUUUUUCUUCAGAAAAAAAUGUGCUUUUGGAGUGAUUUAUUUUACUGGCUGUUAUGUUGCAGUGGGCACAAUAAUCUAAAAGGUACAACGCCUAGAUAGGAGCAAUUUGAUCCAUUUGCAGCCUCUUGAGCCACAGUUUCAGUGUCACCUUGUCCAAACUGCACUAAGAACACUGUUUUUGGUUUCUUUUCUGGAAUGUUGCUCCAGUCUUCACCAGGCAUCUCAGUUUUGAUUAAAUUUAAAAGCCUAAUAUUAUAUUAAUCAUUUUUUAGCAAACAACUUUAAAAUUUACAUUGAAAUCCUUGACAAACUUAUGCCCUCCGGUAGAAACUCACCUCCCACAAUGUUCCAUAACAUGAUGGCUUCUUGAGCAAGACUUGUGUUUACUUUGACAUUUUUCCUUAAAUGACAUUGAAACCUUUUUGUAAUUGCAGGUUAAAAUGCUCUAUCCUAUGUGGGACUGAUUCUAAAUUUUAUUGCACAAAUUAAACAUUUUGGAAGUUUGGACGCUUAAAAAAUUACAAACUUAUAAAUUACAAACUAAAUGUUUUGUACAGUUAACAAGAGGUUGCUCAUAGAAAUAUUGGCCAUUUAAAUGGUACAUGCACUGUACUUAUGUAAAGCUUUUUAGUCAAACUGUUCACUAAAAGCACUUUUACUGUACAAGUGGCAUUCCCUCAACAGCACUCACAAAUAUGCCAAACAAUGGGCAAGAAAACAUGACCAGCAUUUUCUGGACAGAGAACAUUAGAUCAGAAUUUUUGCUUAUCCACCUUAAGACUCCCACAGAGUUGGGCAUACUGUGAGCGGCGGGACUAUGCACGCAGUGUGCACACACUGUGCAUGCACUGUGCACGGGUGUUAGAAAUUUUAUAGUAGAGCGUACCAAUUUCUUACAUUUCUGGUGACAAAUUCUUACAUUUUCCACACCAUCGGACGAGGAGGAUAAUCUUUGUAGCUUUGGGAAAACAAAAAGAAAAGAAGGUGUUAUGAAGGAGAGGCUAUGAACAUUUUCAAAAAUUCAGAAGCUUACAAUUACUUAAACAGUAAUAAAAUUAGUUGUGUUUUUUUUAAUGGAUGUUGAGGCACAAGUGACCUUUACUUACUUCUUUACCACAAAGAAAAGUAGGGAGAGUAAAAAAUUGGGAGAGGCAUGCUCUACCUACACUGUCACAAAGCACCUUUUUAUUUUGAUGGACAUAGGGCCUAUGUACCUCAAAAUGGACAUAGAGCCAUGUCAAAGCCUUAAAACCACACAUCACCAAGCUGGGUCGUUAUUAUCAUCGUCAGAAGAAAUACCCAGAGCAGGCUGCUAGUGUCUGGUGGGAAAAGGGUCAUCGAGUAGCAAUGCAAUAAUACAAAAGCUGAAAAUAAAAUCAUAUUUCAUUGUAAUAUGGCAUUCUCUAUGCUUUUAAAUCGUUUGAAGGUACAUUAAUUGUGUUUGUGUCUAUUUUAAGUGGCGCUUUUCUGUUUCUGUUUGAGAACAUAGUCAGGGAUAUAGUCAGACUAUAGAACUGAAAAAGUAUUGACUGUUUAUAUGAGAUGAUCGUUUUCAUAUGAAAUUAACAAACAUACCAGGUUUUUCUUAAUCAUUUCAAAUCAAUACACUGCGAAUCAGGACACAAUGGCAUAAGAAAAUAGCGCUCCAGCACCCACUUACUGCACAUUUGACACUACAGCAUACACACUCUGGAAAGUGACCUGAUGACUUGACGUACUUUCUCCAGAAUUUGGCUAAUGAUCAUAUAUAUGGCCACUUAGGGACACCCAUAAAGCAUGGAAAUUUCAUUACCAUGUGUUCAGCUGAUCCACACCCUUGAUCCAAACACACAUGUACCAUUCAGAAUAGUAGCAUAUCAAAAGCAACACACACACUUUAAAGAUGUAACUUGAACUAAUGUUUCACAAAAUCUCCUACAUUUAGCUAGAUUUACACCCAAGUACAAUAUGUUUUCCAACAAGGCAGUAUACCCAGAUUGGAAGGGAUGAGAGCAGCUGUAGAUUAUUUUGUCACUUUUGUCUUUGUUCCUCAGUUGUUCCUCAGGAACAUUCCCCUUUCCCUUUGGGUUCAUGUUCAACACAACAUUAUUGAGGGAACAGGUCAGCCCCAUCCAAUUUGAGGUAAGGCUAGAAACAACUUAACAACAACUUAACAAGAUAAAUUAAACAUAUGUCUGUCACAGUUACCAAGAAGUGUGUGAUAAUGGAAAAAGACAACAAAGAAGAAAUUUAACUUAUUGAAAACCAGUUGCAUCAGAAAUAAGACUUGUUAUAUGACCUGCUAGUAACACAAACCUUACUGCAACUUCUGCUAUCUUCCUGGAAGUUGCACCCACAAUCAAUACUGGGAAUAAGGUGAAUAUACAAAGGGAAUAGUAAAGUUUUUAAUUUUAAUUGCAUUUAUAAUCAGGCUAUAUUAACUAAAUUCUGAACUGCUCUGUAGUUGAUUGUGACAACAGAGUUGUGUAUAUAUAUAUCUCUAUAUAUAGAUAUAUAGAGAUAUAUAUACAUAUCUAUAUAUAUAUUGCAAUAUUAAAACACAUCAAGAUGCUUAAUUUUAAAAGUAAAAGGAAAGACUUUCGAAGCUGAUGUCAGACUACAUAAUUGGUCUGUUUAAAUCCAAAAUGGAGCACAAUGAAAGACAGCGUGCUAGUUAGAGAAAGGACAGACACUAAGUUCUGUGUUUUUGUUGACUGUAAUGCCUAUAAGUAUGUAUCUUCUGCAAGACUAAACAUAUUAGAGGAGUGUGUACGCUACUAUUAUGCUGAAGCAGAGAGAACAUUGAACCUCUGUGAGGUUUUACAUUGUCAAUACACAGAGACAAAAAAACAAAAAAUAUCGAUCUAUGAUUCAAGGAAACUCUAAUCUGUAAAACUUAGCAUUGGUUUGGUAGAGACUCGUUGUAUAAAUGUUUAUCAAUUUUCUUCUGCUAAGUAGUGUAUGUAGAUAAGAUUGGCAGGAGAAAAUGUAUUUUACUAAAUUUAUACUGUUAUAUAUUCAUUCUGUUCACAGAUAUGUUCUAGAUGCUAUUUCUUUCAUCAGGCCACUUUACCCCACAUCUCCACUUUUUCCCAAAUCCACUGCCCCCAAACUCUGUUUAUUUAAUAGAAAUUAAUUAUAAAAUGAUAUAUUGGAUUUUUUUAUCUAGAUAAGACAUUGUAUGUAAAUGGUCUUUUAUGAUGGCUAAUAUAUUUCUAUAUGGUGAACAUGAAGAGGAGAUAUUGUGCUCCCCUAAGAGUUUAGAGGACGUAUUUUGUGUCAGUAGACCUUAAUUCUAUAUAAACUCCCAAUAACAAGCUGAUCUGAGGUAUAAUUGCUGCUGAUCUGUGGUUAUAAAAUUGUACCGUCACACUGAUGUGUACUGUAACUUCACUUGCAGGUGAUUCAAAUACUUGAGACUCACUAUACAACAUUUUUCUAAUGUAUGACAACAACUGAGGGUAUUAUCACAAUCAGAAUUUGUUGAGAUUACCACAGGGGUCCUAAUUGAUGGUUUAGACCAUUUGGUUACAAAAUAUAAAUUAAUGUGAAUAAUGUCAUUUUACACAAAACUGUAAGAAACAUGAGAAAAAAGUAACAGAAAAUGUAAUCUACAUAAACGCUGUUCUGUUACCUGUGUGUGAUAUAAGCUUUUAUUUUUCAGGCUUUUUUUUUAUUUUCACUUGCUUUUUUUAGCCCUAAAGCUUUUAUCAUUUGGCAAAAAUCCUCCCAAAUAUAUAAGAAAUAUGUUGGUGCCAACCAGGGUUUCUUUGUGAACAUUAAGACUUUCUAUGAAUAUAGUUUUUUGUAGGAUUUUGCUAAGAAAAUCUAGAAAAAUAAUUGAAAAAAAAUGGGACAGUUGUAUUUGUUUUCAUUGUAACUAUAUGUGUAAAAAGAGCAUCUUACACUGGAGGGUAUCAGCAAAGUACUAUAUAAAACCUACUGAAAUAUUUUCUUUUUAACACUGUGAAUACUUUAAUUGUACAGUUUGCUGUAUGGGUCAAAUGAAGUUUUAAAUAAAAAAAGUACAACCUA